GACUAUGGACAAAUUGCGCAAAGGCCUUUACGACUACCCCCUAGUUUCGGAAAAAAUCAGCAUAUACCCAUCGAUGGGGAUGUCAAAGAACAACUGAAAAAGGUUCUGCUUCAUUUUGAUGCACCAAUACAAUAUGCACUGGCCUACGGAAGCGGUGUUUUUCCUCAGAAGGGUUAUGAUUCCAAGUCAAAGCCGAUGAUAGAUUUUAUUUUUGGCGUCAACUAUACUCAGCACUGGCACUCCCUCAACCGGAAUCAACAUAGGGAUCACUAUUCCCUUGUGGGAUCGCUGGGAAGUCGUGCAUUGGCCUCUAUCCAAGAAAACUUUGGUGCGGGGAUAUACUUUAAUCCAUUUAUUGAAAUAGACGGAAUGACAAUCAAGUAUGGCGUAGUAUCCAUUGACACUAUUUGUAAAGAUCUUUUAGAUUGGGAAACUCUAUACGUGGCUGGCCGUAUGCAUAAACCGGUUAAAAUACUGAGAGAUGAUGCCAGAGUACGUUUAGCUAAUCAAGUCAACUUGGCUAAUGCCUUGAGGACUGCCUUACUCUUGCUACCCAAAGAGUUUUCUGAGAAGCAACUGUAUUUGGCAAUAUCCGGUGAUUUUCGAUCAGUUGUCGGUGAAAAUCCAAAAAAGCUGGAAAACAUUGUCAGCGACCAAAUGCACCAUUUCCGGUUGUUAUAUGGCGGGCUAAUAGACGGUAUGCCCAAUGUUGGAUUUGUUAGGUAUCACAAAUUACAGCAAGAUGACAGCAUACGUGCUCGAUCCCAAUUGAUACAGAACUUGCCAAGAGCUUUGCGAGCGAAACUCAAAGAAGAGCACAGGAUGGCUUUAGUGAAGAAGGGCCAAGCGUUGCCAUCAGAUAACUCUGAAUUGUAUAGAAGCAUAGCAGCUGCUCCAGAGUAUCGGCAAUAUAUCGUGACAGCUCUCAAAGAGACUGUACGUAGACCAGCGAUUACACAAAGCGUCAAAGGUAUAUUAACCGCCGGGUUAUCAAAAAGUAUCCGGUAUACAAGUAGAAAAUUGGGUAAAUGGAUAAAGGCCAAGUAA